UAGGGCGUGUCACUGUAUAUGCCCUCUGGCUUCUUCCUGCUGUCUCUCAGCGGCGGUCCGGUAAAUGAGCAUCUCAGGACGCUUCACAUCUCUGAAGGACUCUCCAUCGCUGUAGCCGACUGUUGUUUCUAUUUUGAUCCGAUUUUUAAGCAAGAAGACAAUCUGGAGCAGGAGGACUUCCUUCUGACGCCUGGAGCACGAGGCCAAGAUGGAGAAGUCCGAGAUGUUUGGCUUCUCUCUGGAGGCUGACGACCGGACCGAGGAGGAGAAAAGUCGUCAGAAAGCGACAAAGAAGGGCGGCGUGGCUUCUGCCCUGGGCUUGGGCCAGGAGUCGCCCGCGGCCCCCAUGGACACUGACUACCAGGAGGAGAUGGAGCAGACCAGUCCUCAGAUCAGAUUCAAUCUGAACUUUGACAAAGGGACUCGAGGCGAGCACCAGCACAAGAGAGACAGCAAGACGUUCACCAUCGACAGGUUGUUCGAAGCCGUGGCCAGCGGCGACGUCAGCAAGCUGGACAGCCUGCAUCAGUACCUGCGCCAGAACAUGAAGAAACUCUCCGACUCCCUGUAUCAGUCCCAUGGUAAGACCGCCCUGAUGAAGGCUCUGCUGCACCUCAAGAACGACAAGAACGACACGGUGGAGCUCCUCAUCGGCAUUUCAGAGACGAUGGGCGACAUUAAGGAGUUUGUGAAUGCAGCCUACACCAACAGCUACUACAAAGGCCAGACAGCUCUCCACAUUGCCAUCGAGAGGAGAAAUAUUUCCUAUGUGAAGCUGCUGGUCAGUAAAGGAGCAGAUGUCCACGCCAAAGCCUGCGGGGUGUUCUUCCAGCCACAUGAUGGCCCAAACUUCUACUUUGGGGAACUGCCUCUGUCUCUGGCAGCCUGCACCAACCAGCCCACUGUGGUGGACUUCCUCAUGGAGAACGAGUACCAACGGGCCACCGCUCAGAUGGCGGACUCCCAGGGCAACACGGUGCUGCAUGCCCUGGUGAUGGUGGCGGACUACUCCAAGGAUAAGGACAAGGAUAACACAGAGUUCAUCACCAACAUAUACGACCGCAUACUCAAGACCACCGCUCAACUGCACCCCAAGCUGAAGCUGGAGGACAUCGAGAACCACAAGGGGCUGACGCCUCUCAAAAUGGCUGCCAAGACCGGCAAGAUCGGGCUUUUCGCACACAUACUGAAACGUGAAUUCCACGAGAGUCACAUCAGACAUCUGUCCCGUAAGUUCACCGAGUGGACUUACGGCCCCGUCCACAGCUCCCUUUACGACCUGGCCUCGGUGGACUCGUACGAGGACAACUCCGUCAUGGAGAUCCUGGUCUACGGCAGUGACACUCCCAACCGCCACGAGAUGCUCCAGAUGGAGCCUCUGAGCCGGCUGCUGGAGGAGAAGUGGAAGAAGUUCGGAGGCCGGAUGUUUUUUCUCAACUUCCUGUUCUACCUCCUGUACCUGAUCGUCUUCACUCUUGUCGCCUACAAUAAGAAGUUUGGAGAGCUGCCGUACCCCAUCAAACACACCACAGCCGGUUACCUGUAUGUGUCAGGCCAGGUGGUGAUAGCGCUGGCAAAUUGCUAUUUCUUUGUCAUAGGGAUCUUAGAGUUGAAGAGGAAACGGCCGAAACUGCAUACGUUGCUGAUUGAUGGAUAUUAUGAUAUUCUUUUUUUUGCGCAGGGCGUCCUCUUCCUGAUCACGGCCGGCCUGUAUCUGUUCGGGAAGAAGCAGUACCUCAACUUCCUGGUGCUGUGCCUUGCUCUCAGCUGGGUGAACAUGCUCUACUUCUCCAGGGGCGACAAACACAUGGGCGUGUACAGCGUCAUGAUCCAGAAGAUGAUCCUCAGUGACAUCAUGCGCUUUCUUCUCGUCUACAUCAUCUUCCUCUUUGGAUUUUCAGCAGCGGUGGUCACCCUGCUCAAAGAGCCCCGUGUGAUAAACACCACGCUGACUCCGCAGAAGGGGCGUCUGUUUGGUCCCCUCGAUGCUGACGAGAAGUGUGUCAAACCCUACUUCAGAAGCAUCUCCUACACCACGCUGCAGCUCUUCAAGUUUACCAUCGGCAUGGGCGAAAUGGAGUUCACCCAGGAGCACGAGAACACUGUGGUGUUCUUCGUGCUCCUCAUCACCUACAUCAUUCUCACCUACAUCCUGCUGCUCAACAUGCUCAUCGCCCUCAUGAACCGCACCGUGGAGAAGACCACGGAGGAGAGCACCAGCAUCUGGAAGCUACAGAGGGCCAUCACCAUCCUGGAAAUGGAGAAGAGGCUGUCGUGCUGUCUGAGGAAGAGGUUCCGCUGUGGGGUGGAGAAGAACCUCGGCACUGGUCUCGGAGAUGACCGUCGCCGGUGUUUCAGAGUGGAGGAAGUCAACUGGAACAAAUGGAACAUCAACCUGGGCAAAAUCAAUGAGGAUCCCGGGUGCUGGGAUCAGACCCAACAGCCGGCCUCGGCCCCCCCGCCGAUCAGAGCAAUCCGAGGGAGGAGCUGGAGAAGCUGGUGGACACCGACAUCCCAGUCCACAGAAAUGCCUCCUCUGAGCAUGGUCUAAAGAGACCACACAGAGCCUCGCUCUGUCCGCUCGGCCUGGCAUCGAGGCAUUCAAACCGAAAUACAUUAUUCAGUUUCAGUUCCCCAAGAAAUAUAACUGUCAAAUGUUUGAACUGCCUUUGUGACUGACUGACGGAUACUCCCAAGUCAGCUUGAUUUUGAAUUUUAUUAUGUAAAUUGACUGAGGCAGUAUUUCUCUCAGGCGAGCACAACUUUGACUUCUCACACGCUGAAAGCUGCAGCGUAGGCGCCAAGUCCAACAUUUGCAACACGUGAAACAUUUAAUCCAAAGGCUUCUUUCUGCACAUGCUGCGUGCCUCGCCUCAACAGGAUGCACGUCCUCUCUGCACAAAGGCCACGACCUGCCGGCACCUCUGACACCGCUCAACAUCCUUCAUGGAGUAAUACUGAUUACCAAGGUGCUGAUCCUGCCCCCCUGCCGUGUGCCCUUUAUGCAAGUCCCAUUUUCAUCACAGCCAGACAAGCUAAAUCUACUGCAGCCAGAUAGUCCUGUGGAUUUCACAGCUUGCUUUGUCUACCCUACUUCCCCUUUCGAUUUGGCAGAGGCAGGCUCUGAUAAAUGGCUUGUAAGCGCAGCAAUUGGUGCAACAAUCGCCACCUUCAGCACGAGCUGUCUCGGUUACAAGUGAUAUGUGGUUUAGGAGGGCCUUUUGGAGUGUUGUAAGGCUGAUUAUGCAAGACACAAAUCUGUGAAUAGCAACCUACCCAAACUGUCGGGCAGCAUGAGCUCUUGCAGAAUGAAGGGAACAGGCGAGAAGAGCACACCUGUUGUAUUAAAUCAGUGUUGCAGAUAAUCCACAAAGUGGUUCAGACCCAUUUCAAAGCAUAAAUUAGAACUUUAUUUUAUUAUUACAAUAUUACAAAAAGAGUAGCACAACUCUCACGCUCUUGCCUCUUAUCUGUCGUACAGAAUGACACAAAAGAAAGGCUUGUGGACCUCCUUCCAUUUCACAGCAAUAGUACAAGAAACAAAGAAAGAAAGACAAAUUAAAUAACAAGCAAAUCAAGUGUUAGUCACAACUGCAAAAUCAAGCUUUGAAACUUGGGGGAAAGAAAUGUUACAGCUCAGUAACUACACAUUGCUAAAAUAUAUAAUUACAAAAUAUUACUCCUUUUCCUGCUUUCCAUUAUAAAGAAUGUCUAAGGAAUUGCUUUGUCUAUUCAACAAAACCUCAAUAAAAUAAAAAUAAAUUAAAAAAAGAAACCAAAAUAAUAAUAAUUGCUGUUUCUGCGUAUCCUCACCAUCCUCUUUCUCCUUAUUAUUUGGGGUUUUCAUUAAAACCAUGCUCUUUUUCAAGGGAAGUCCAAGGACCAAACACUUAAGGCUUUUUAAGGGCUGUUAGGGAGUUAGGUGAACAAAACCUGGGCGCACACUAUCUCUCUCUCUCACACAAAUCCUUAAAUCUACCCACUUCAGCAGUAGACACUGACACACAAUCGUUAACGUUUAAAGUUACGAGUAGGUAAGCCAGUGUACAAUAAAAUAAACAAUGCAUUUGCUGUU